AUGAACCAACCGAGGAGACAAUUAAAAAAGCUGAAAAAGAGGCGCUCGAGCCUUUUCGCCAGUCUGAAACUCAACGACAGCUUCUCACAGAGCAUAGAUGAAAAGGACAGUGCAUUUCCUUUCUCACAGGACAGCUUGGUUAAACCUUGGACAUCGAUGGACAACCUGGACAGUCCAGCACCCAAAGCAGACGACUCCAAAAUUAAAAAUAAAGAGAAGAAAGGUAACGACAAAGAAGCACAGAGGGUUCCACACAGACACUCCAGUAUGAUAAACCUGAACGUAGGCGGAAAAGUCUUCAAUCUUCCCAAACAUCUGGCUAUCAAAUAUCCCAAAUCCAGAAUAGGCUCUUUAGCCCUCUGCACAGAUCCCGUCAAACAGCUAACGCUCUGCGACGAUUACUGCGUCAUCACUAACGAGUUUUUCUUUGAUCGAGAUCCUACGUUUUUCCACUACAUCUUCCACUUUUACUACAGCAAUGUGCUCUGGGUCAUGGAGAGCCUGUGCCCCAUCAACUUUGAAGAGGAGAUGAAGUUUUGGGGUUUACACUUGCGGGACACGCCUCGCUGCUGCCGAAUUCUCUACGAGGAAAAAGCCGACGAAAUUCGAGACCAGCUGAAGGUCAACAGGGAACUCAUGGCUGAAAUUGAGCCCAUUCACAACGAAGAGGGCUUCAAGACCAUGUUUUUGGGCGGAUUUCGGAAGACCCUCUGGGAUCUGAUGGAAAACCCGUAUUCCUCAGUGGCUGCCAAAGCUUUCGCUGUUUUUUCCAGCCUCUUCGUCCUCAUCUCCAUUGUGGCCAUGACUCUGAACACAGUGGGUGAACUGAAAAAUUAUAAAAUGUACGGAAGGACGUACAUGGAGUACAUAGAGAUCGUCUCGAUACUCUUCUUCACUUUUGAAUAUUUCCUUCGUCUGCUGACCACUUGUGACGUAAAGCAUUUCCUGAAAAGCGCCCUGAACUUCGUAGACUUGGUGGCGGUCAUGCCUUAUUUCAUACAGCUGAUGUUUGAGACUUUCGCUGACCAGGAAGACCUCAACGUUCAGGACGACCUCAAGGCGAUGGCGAGAGUGAGCAAGGUCAGCAAAGUGCUAAAAGUGGUCAAACUGAUGAGAAUUUUUCGCAUUCUUAAAUUAGCAAGACACUCCACGGGAAUGCGAGCGUUCGGCUUCACGCUGCGUCAGUGCUUCGAGCAGGUCUGCUGUUUAUUCCUCUUCAUCAUCAUGGGCAUCUUCACCUUCUCCGCUCUGAUGUACUCCGUUGAGCAGGACGUGGAGGGAUCGCCGUUCAGCAGCAUUCCUGACACCUGGUGGUGGGCUGCAGUGAGCAUCUCCACUGUGGGUUAUGGAGACGUGGUGCCCAUCUCGUAUUCCGGGCGAGUGGUAGCGUUCGGCUGCAUUUCGUUUGGAAUUAUUCUGAACGGGAUGCCGAUCUCAAUCCUCUUCAACAAAUUCUCUGACUACUACGCCAAGCUGAAAGCUCAGGAGUACACAAACACCAAAGUGCAGCGCAGUCUGCAGCUCAGGAAACGUCUAAGGAGAAAAUUUGAGACAUGCUUUGAACCCCCCGACGAAGAGCCCACCGAGGAAAUUCACCAAAACCCACAAAAUCACCGCUGA